AACCCGUUUCCUGCUGAUUCUCUUCUUCUCUCUCUGGUGCUCCAAGGACGUUACUGCACAUUUUGGCUGACAUGUCGAACCCAGCGAUCACCCACCAGCCCGGCGGAGGGCAGUACGGAACCAACGUGCAGACAGGAGAGUGGAGCACAGGACUCUGCUCCUGCUGUAGUGACUUACUGGUCUGUGCUCUGGGCUUCUUCUGCCCAAUUGCACUGGGCUGCUAUACAGCUAACAAGUACGGAGAGAAUGCCUGUUUGGCCUGUAUCCCGGGAGGAAUGACCGCUAUGAGAACUCACAUGCGGCUGACAUAUGGUAUCCAGGGCACAAUAUGCAAUGAUGCGUUGAUGACCUUCUGCUGUGGAUUCUGUGAGAUGUGUCGGAUGGCGAGAGAAAUACGUAUCCGGAAUGGAGAUGCAUAAAAAAAAAAGAUGCAUAGUUUGACAUAUUGCAUAUUUUACUGAGUACGCCAU